GACAAAGAAAGAAAAACAAAUAAGUGAUCAUGUUUAAAAAUACUUUUCAAAGUGGAUUUUUAUCGAUCUUGUAUAGUAUUGGUAGCAAGCCAUUACAAAUUUGGGAUAAAAAAGUUAGAAACGGACACAUUAAACGAAUCACGGAUAAUGAUAUACAGAGUUUAGUAUUAGAAAUAUUGGGCAGCAAUGUUAGUACCACAUAUAUCACUUGCCCAGCAGAUCCCAGAAAAACUUUAGGUAUUAAAUUACCAUUUCUAGUGAUGAUAAUUAAGAAUUUAAAGAAAUAUUUUACAUUUGAAGUUCAGGUAAUUGAUGACAAGAAUGUACGCCGUAGAUUUCGUGCUAGUAAUUACCAAUCAACAACUAGAGUCAAACCAUUUAUUUGUACAAUGCCAAUGAGGUUGGAUGAUGGAUGGAAUCAGAUUCAGUUUAAUUUAGCUGAUUUUACUAGACGUGCAUAUGGAACAAAUUAUGUUGAAACAUUAAGAGUUCAAAUUCAUGCAAAUUGUAGAAUACGAAGAGUAUAUUUUUCUGACAGACUAUAUUCUGAAGAUGAAUUGCCAGCAGAAUUUAAAUUAUUCUUACCAAUUCAGAACAAGGCAAAAUGUUAA